AUGAUUUCCUUGCUUUUAGAAAAAAAAGAGUUUUUUAGAAAAGAAAUUCGUAGAUAAAAAAAUGAAAUCAUUUUUAAAUAAAAGAGGGUAUUAUAAUAGCAACCAUCCAAUUAAAUGAGUACUUAAACUAUAUUGAAUAAAAUUCAAAAAUUUGAAUAUUGUGAUGAAUUGUUUAAAUAAAUAUCAGACAUGGAUAAUCCCCCUAAAAUAAUUAAAGAUUUGAUUUAGUUUUUAAGUCAAACACAAUCCUUGGAAACAAUAAAAGAAGGUUUAAGGUGUUUAAAUAAUUAACUAUUUAAUUUUGAUGACUUCGAUAAUUAAGAAGAUGAAUGUUUUUAUUUACUCUAAAAUUAUUUUAAUAAAGAUGAUUAUAUUUUAAGAAAGAGAAUAUUAUUGUGUUUAGGAAAUUUAUUAUAUGAUUGUCAUUAGUUUAUAAUUCCAGCUCAAAAUAUUUUUUUUUAAGAACAACUCUUGCAUGAAUAUUCAGAAGAGUACUCAUUUGUUAUAAACAUUUUAACAUAAAAUGGUAAUUAUGUGGAUAUAAUCAAGUCAAUAUAAUUUUUAUCAGAAAUCAUUAUGAACCACCCUAAUGACACAGCUUUUGAAUCUGUCAAAUUUAUAUUUGAAAAUUGUUCUCCAUUAGAUGCAGAUGAAUUAAUUGACUAAAAUUUUAUUUUACCUGCCCAAAGAUUACUAACAUAUGCUUAAGAAAAUGAUAUGGCAUAUGAAGCUUUACUUGCCAUUUUAAAUAAAGCUAAUGAUUCAACAAAAAUUAGUUAUUAUUCUAGAGGCCUCAAUUAACUUAUUGUUUACUUUCUUGAUCAUCCAACAAAAAAAGAAAAAGGAUUUUAAUUGAUGCUUUAUUUUGUAUCAAAAUAUGAUGAAUGUGAAUAAAAUUUGCUUGUUGAUUAUUUAUACUAAAUGUAUGAUGGAACAAAACUACACUAAUUAUUAAUGGAAGAUUGCAAUCCAAUGAAACUUUUAAUAAUUUGUAAUUCAAUAGAAAACGGAAGCAUUUCUAUAUUUGUUGACUUUUUAGCAUUAAAUAUAAUUGAUAAUGUAUUUAUUCCCUAUUUAAAGUCUUCUUAAGACUAUUCAUCUAUCUAAAUAAUUGUAUCUGCUUUAGAAGCUUUAUUUUAAAGAGAUGAAUUAUCAGGUAAUCAAUUUUCUUUUGUGAUUAAAGCCUUUGACACUGAAUAAUUCAAAGCUGCUCUAGAAAGAAAUUUAUAUAAUAUUGGAGAUCGU